UAUAGGGUGGCUUGUGGCUCGUUAGUGCUUAGUUCAAUUGUGCAUCAUUAGGUGCAACUAAAAAAGUAUCACAAUAACCCACCCUCUUCUAUCAUCUGGGCAGUACGGAACAACGGUAGAAAUUUUGAUGCACUGUUCAUUCAGCAAUUGGCACGAUGGGACGCAUAGUAGAAUACCUCGUUGCGGCAUUGGCCGUUUUAAGUUCCUUCGCUGGUGGGACGAAUAUCCUUUGCUUGAUGUCUGUGGCAAGUUACAGCCACCACAUUUGGAACCGUGUGCUGAUGGAGGCGUUAGCUACGAAAGGAUACAAUCUUACAAUCGUGUCGGCGGAUGUGGAAAAGGUCCAGAAGGUGAACAUGACUUACAUCCACUUGGAAGAAACGUAUCAUGCAGUCCACGAAGGAGAUUCCGCCAUUGAUUUGUACGAGAUGGCCCAGGAGGGCUUGGUGAAAAGUAUGCGAACAUUUUAUGAUUAUGGAAUUGCGUCGUGUGAAGGUUCGUUGAGAUCGAAGGGACUGGGUCAAAUUCUGAGCUACCCGGACGACUUCAAGUUCGAUUUGGUGCUGUAUGAUUUCACGCUUGGUCCUUGCAUUUUGGGAUUGUUUCACAAGUUCGGACAACCGCCACUAGUUGGAGUAACAGCGUUUAAUAUUCCUCCUUACACUUACGAUCUGAUCGGUGGACACAAGUAUCCGGCGUACAUUCCAUACUAUACGCUCAACUAUGAUAGUUACAUGACAUUUUUGCAAAGAUUGGAAAAUGCGUUCAUUUAUGCAGCAGACUAUUUCUAUCGCACCUACGUCUUCCUACCAGCAACAGACAAGCAAAUUCGUCAGAUUCCUGCAUUCAAGAACAUGCCUUAUGUUGGAAGUUUACAAGAGAAAACAAUGCUCGUGAUGGUCAAUUCCCACCAUUCAGUUGACUUCCCAGAGCCGAUACCCCAGAACAUGGUUAUGGUUGGUGGGCUGCAGAUCAUGGAGCCGAAACCAUUACCCGAGGACAUCAAAAAGUUUAUCGAUUCCGGACGCAAGGGAGCAGUUCUGUUUUCUUUGGGCACCAACGUUCUGAGCUCAGACCUCGGCGAUGAGCGGAUUUCCAUGUUUUUGGAAGCAAUUCGACAGUUUCCGGAGUUCAAUUUCCUGUGGAAGUUUGAAGCAGACUUGAAGAACCAUCGUGUGCCCAAAAACCUUAUGGUCAAGAAAUUUUUACCACAGAACGACAUUCUUGCUCAACCAAAGAUUAAGCUUUUUAUUACGCACGCGGGUUUGCUGAGCACUCACGAGGCCACCUGGCAUGGUGUUCCCAUGGUUGGAAUUCCGUUCAUUGCCGAUCAGUAUCGCAACCUCGAAAAAUCCCUCCAGGCUGGGGUCGCCGAACGGUUGGUCAUUUGGACGGUAAGCACCGAAAAGAUUGUGGCCACUAUUCGGAAGGUCCUUGAAGACGAUGGUUAUCGGGUACGAAUGAGGGUCAAAUCUGCUCUGUUUCGAGAUCAACCGGAAAAACCUCUCGAGCGAGCUCUCUGGUGGAUCGAUUGGUGUUUGAGGCACCCAAAUGCGGAAACAAUCCGGUCGCCAACAGUCCGUCUGGGCCCGUGGAAAAGUGAACUGUACGAUGUGAAAUUAUUCCUAUUGCUAGUGACACUGUUGGUGGUAGUUGGGAUAAGGAGGACUCUUCGAGGUUUGUUUUUGAGCGGAAGUGUAGUUGAAAGGAAGAUAAAAAAUAACUAAAAUACAACAUUCCGACAUUUAAACAUUUUAGAAAUUUAGUUAUUAUUUGUUGAUUCAGUGAAAUAAAAUUUUACAGCUUCGAGAGUAAAAAA